AUGUCUGCCAACGCUGCUCCACGGCCAUGGGGGAUCGCUCUCUGCACUCUCAACUGGAUCUUCUGGUCCAACCUGACCAUCCUCUUCAACAAAUGGAUCCUUGAAUCGACUCCGUUCCCAAUCCUCCUAACAACAUGGCACCUCACCUUCGCAACCCUCGCAACCCAACUCCUCUUCCGCACGCCCUUCCUCUCCCGCCCCCUGCACCUCCCAUCCCGCAAGUCCAUCAACAUGACACCACCCCUCUACAUGGCCAAAAUCGCCCCGAUCGGCCUCCUCUACUCCGGAAGCCUAGUGACAAGCAACAUGGCCUACCUGUACCUCAACGUCGGGUUUAUCCAGAUGCUCAAGGCCUCCGGCCCAGUGAUCACACUCCUCACGAGCGCCGCGUACGGCGUCACGAGCCUCACCGCGUCGAAGCUGGCCAAUGUCGCGCUGAUCACGGGGAGCGUGGGACUCACGGUCGUCAGCGAGAUCCGGUUUAGCUGGGUGGGCGUGGGCGUGCAGGGGGUUAGUCUGGUUUGCGAUGCGGCGAGGCUGGUGCUGAUGCAGGUUCUUACGUCUUCGCCUACUACUUCUACGUCUAUAUCUGGUGAUAGAGGGAAGGGUGAAGGGGAUGGGGAGAAUGGACCUGCUCAUCACGAGGCGUUCCUUGACGACGGGGAGGACUCAGCAUCAGCAUCUACAACACAAGACGCAGCCGCAGCGCAGAAGCAAAGUCUCCGCCUCAGCAAGAUGGACCCCCUCCUGAGCCUCUACUACACAGCCCCAAUCUGCGCCCUCAUGAACGGCAUCCUGGCGUGGCGCGCGGAGAUCCUCCCUCUCCUGCAGAGUCAAGCCCAGCCCGAUCCAACCUCGCCAUCUCCAUCGCCUGAAUCAGGCCUAUUAGCCAUCAUCCUCUCCACAGGCCCAACAACCCUCCUCCUGAACGCGGUGGUGGGCUUCAUGCUGAACGUUGCGGUCUUCACACUGAUCGGCAAGACCUCAGGCCUCACAAUGACGCUGGUCAGCAUCCCGAAGAACAUCCUGCUGAUUCUGGCGUCGGUCGUGUUCUGGGGCACGCGGGUGUCGGUUCUGCAGAUGGUCGGGUAUGCGGGGGCUUUGGGCGGGCUGGUUGUUUACGCCGGGGGUGGGGGGUAUGUCAAGCGGUGUUUACGGGGUACGGUUGAGGGAGUUGGGCUGGGGAGGAGGAUGGGGAAGAGGAGUGGCGGGUGGAAUGGGCAUGAAGGGGUAGAUGCGGAUGCGGAUGGGGAGGAGAAGGAGGGCUGA